AAUAUAUGACACUAUGGGGAAUGCUCCGCCACCACCGAGUCACCGCAGGGCUGCUAUCCGCAUCUGCGGGCGAGUUUAGAGGGCUUUGUAAUCAGGACAGUCCCCGGCACGGGGGAAGGAGCAGGCCGCUGCCAGCUCAUCCAAGCCCACAAGCCGGGGGACAUUGCCCAAGUGCUCCUGGCACUUUAUCUGCUUGGAAAGUCCCUUUGUGGUCAUAAAGGCACAAUCUUGAGAGGACACCUUCAUUUCAAAGAAGAUCAACAAUGGGAGUCUUUGGGUUGAUAUUGGAUUGAGCUGAACUGCUUCACUGGGGGCUUUCCUGGUCAGACAGAUGAUACCUUUGCCUAGGCUGUAACCAUUAAGAUGCCGUCUGGUAACGCACAAGGGCCAGAAGACUGUAAGAACCUCUUGUCUCAGGAUAAAGCUAUGGGGAAAGCACCGUAUCAGCAUGGACCUCUGUUCCCCCACCGGGCCGAGAAGAUUGUCAUUACACGCAGUGAUAGUGUUCCUGAAGAGCACGUAUUGCAGAUCACCAUCACGGAGACGACUGUCAUAGAAUCUGAUCUGGGGGUUUUCAAUUCUCGGGCGUUCAUCUACCUCUCACUGUGGUUCUUCUUCAGCUUCUGUACGCUCUUCCUCAAUAAGUAUAUUCUCACAUUACUGGAAGGAGAGCCGAGCAUGCUAGGCGCCGUCCAAAUGUUGACGACGACCUUCAUUGGUUGCAUCAAGAUGUUCAUUCCCUGCUGCUUGUAUCAGCACAAAGCCCGUCUCAGCUACCCCUCUAACUUCCUCAUGAUAAUGUUGUUUGUGGGGCUUAUGCGGUUCUCCACUGUGGUUCUGGGGCUGGUCAGCUUGAAGAAUGUGGCCGUCUCCUUUGCAGAAACUGUUAAAAGCUCUGCCCCCAUAUUUACAGUCAUCAUGUCGAGACUCAUUCUAGGGGAGUAUACUGGAAUGAUGGUGAAUCUGUCCCUCCUACCAGUCAUGGCAGGGCUCGCCCUCUGUACUGCAACUGAACUCAGUUUCAAUCUGCUUGGCUUCUUUGCCGCAUUAUCCACAAAUAUCAUGGACUGCUUGCAGAAUGUUUUCUCAAAGAAACUCCUCAGUGGAGAUAAAUACAAGUUUUCACCACCUGAACUCCAGUUUUACACCAGUGCCGCAGCUGUGAUAUUGUUAAUUCCAACGUGGAUUUUCAUGGUGGACGCACCUUUGACUGGGAAGAGUGGGAGAAAAUUCAGCUACAGUUGGGACGUUAUUGUGUUGCUUCUUAUUGAUGGAGUCUUAUUCCAUUUACAAAGCGUCACAGCCUAUGCACUAAUGGGGAAGAUAUCGCCUGUAACAUUCAGCGUUGCCAGCACUGUGAAACAUGCACUUUCUAUUUGGCUCAGUAUUAUCAUUUUUGGGAAUAAAAUCACCAGCCUUUCUGCCAUUGGAACUGUGUUUGUGAUCAUUGGUGUCCUGCUCUACAAUAAAGCGAGGCAGCAUCAACGAGAAACAAUCCGAAUGCUGACUACCCAACCAAACACUGAGGACUCUGAACCACUAAUAGGACCGGACCAGAAAUCGCAUGAGAAAUAAAACUGCUCCGUUUCUCUUCUGCCAUUGACAUUCUUCCGCUGCUAUAGGGCAGCCCUCAUUAGAUCAACAAGGCCACCAGGGGACAAUGAUUCUCAUAGAGAGACCAUUCAGUUCUGGAUUUGGGUGUUGAAAUUCAGUGCAAAUGUUACUUGAUAGUAUCCCAAAUUCUUCCAGGAUUUUACCUCGCGGCACACAAAUUGGAGUUAUGUAUGUGGCACUGUUGGCAAAUCACCUGCCCAUACAAAACACAGGAUCUGACAUCAUGAAUUUGUCUACAUUUCAUCGCAUUAUAAUUCCUAAUUCAAAUGACCAUUGAAUGGCAGAUGUGAAGCCAUACUAGUGGGUGAAAUAACCUUCAAUCCCGGUGGCCUCAAUACGGGACCAACCACUAAAGCAAGCAGCAAUGCAAAGCUAGCUGAAGUUCCCAGGGACCAGGCAAUAUGGCUUAUGCCUGCUUUAGAUUUUGUCUAGAAAUCAAUGGGUUUUUUUAUUGCUCAAAUCCCAUUUUUUUCUUGGUCUAAUAAGUGUUGUUAUAUUAACAUUAAAACUUAUUAAAAUAAAUGGAAGGGUCUUAGGGAAUAUCCAAGUUAUAGGCUGUGUUCACUCUUGCAACAUUUUUUAUUGCAGCGGUGUAUAAAAAUGAAGCAACUUUGUAAUCUUAAAAAAUAUUACAAAGUAUUUUGGGCAUACAGCUCUUAUGUAGAACUAUGUGACUUCAAACCUUGCUUCUUGACUGACCCUGCCGCUAUAUGUCACAACUGCUCAGGUCCUGUAGAUAGGAGACAAAACGGUAGGAUGUUUUUCAAAGUGUUUUAGAUGCAUUAAAGUAAUAAAAAAUGAUAGCAAAAAGUGCAUAUUAGGUGCUUACACAUUACAACAUGGUGACCACGUAGAAUGUACUCCAAUGUGUGAGCACCUAGUGUACACAUGCUGGCUCUUCUGUCUUCUACUGCAUUCCUGAGAAUAUCUACAUUAGAAAUAUUACUUGGUCCUGAUAUACUAAUGCUUACGAUACCUGAUUGAGUUUUAUAAUCCACCUAAAUGGAUAAUAAAGGCUGGCUAUCUGAGAAGAAACAGAAUGCAGAGCCAGCCUGCGAUAUCCCUGUAGAGGGAUCAGCAGCCUCCAGUGCCCCAACUGUUGUGAAACUAUAACUCUCAGCAUGCUCCAUUCACUUCUCAGCAAAAAUGCAUGCUGGAAGUGUUUUUCAGGCUCGAGUGCCCCAUGCUUUACCAUGCAAGUAAAUGCUUUAGAGGGGUUGUCUCAUCACGGACAAUGGGGGCAUAUCGCUAGGCUAUGCCUCCAUUGUCUUAUAGGUGCGUGUCCCACAGCUGGGACCCGAACCUAUAUCGAGAACGGAGCCCCGCAA